AUGACUCUCCCUCCUGGAAUCUAUGCCAUCCUAUACGUCCUCGUCUUUCUCUCCAUCCCCCCGCUUGGUGUGGCCACCGCUGCACACUUACUUGGGAGAUAUGACGUCGUGGCUACUCCAACCUGGCUGAUCACUCUACUUGCAAUUUCGAGCAUUCCCCUCUUUCUUGUUUUCCGUGUGCGGCUGCGAUGGUUCAAAUUCAAUCGCGCGGCAGCACGUCUUGGUGCCGUACUGCCGCCUUCUUGGAAAGGGGAGCGCGUCGCGGGCCUUGAUGUCCUUACGGAGAUUAUGGAGACCAUGAAGAUGGGAUACCCGGCCGAUUUUGCAUGGGAUAAAUUCAAUGAACUUGGUCCGACAUUCCAAAUCAACAUCUUUUGGGAUUGCGGAUUCCUUUCAUGCGAUCCUAAUGUUAUCAAGUGCAUCCUUGCUACUGAUUUCCAAAACUUUGAGAAGGGUGAUUUAUUCAAGACAUAUAUGAAGUCUGUGUUGGGCACAGGUGUGUUUAAUUCUGAUGGGGACAUGUGGAAAUGGCAUCGUUCAAUGACGCGUCCGUUCUUCAGCAAGGAUCGCAUCAGUCACUUUGAGCUAUUCGACCGUCAUGCAGAAUCUGCACUUUCUGCGAUGAAUGCUCGUAUGCGUAUCGGAUGCGCUGUUGAUUUUCAAGAUCUCAUCUCUCGCUUCACUCUUGACUCUGCGACCGAGUUCCUUUUCGCAUCCUGCGUGCACUCGCUUCGCUCCCCGCUACCCUUCCCGCACAAUCAGGCCCCGACGCCCUUCGUCUCGUCUCCGACAUCCGCGGGGCAGGUCGACCGCGCCGAAGCAUUCGCGCGUGCGUUCCAGCAGGCGCAGCAGGUCGUUGCGGAGCGCGCCGCGGUGGGUAAGAUCUGGCGGUUUUUCGAGAUUUGGAAGAAUAAGUCAGAUGAGCACAUGCGUAUCGUGAAUGAAUACCUCGACCCAAUUUUGGAAGAGGCACUGCAGAAGAAAGAGGAGCGGGAGAAGGCUGGGGAGAAGGUCAGCCAGAUGGAGGGGGAUACGGAUAGUGCGGACGACGAGACGCUGUUGGAUCAUCUGGUUAAAUAUACCAGCGAUCCGGUCGUGUUGCAUGACGAGGUGCUCAACAUCCUGAUCGCUGGGCGUGAUACGACAGCAGCGUCGUUGACGUUUACGGUCUAUUUCCUGUGUAUCUAUCCUGCGGUUUUGCAGCGUCUGCGUGCAGAGGUCCUUGAGAAAGUCGGUUCACACAGAAGGCCAACUUAUGCGGAUAUCAAGGACAUGCGAUAUUUGCGCGCUGUGAUCAACGAGACGUUGAGGUUGUACCCAGCCGUGUUUUCGAUAGACGAGUGCCUGAUCCCCAACGCAGAUCCUAAUGGAAAGCCCUUUUACAUCCCACCUAAGGCUGCAUUUACGUAUUCCGUCUUUGCUAUGCACAGACGGACGGAAUACUGGGGCCCGGACGCUGACGCACCUGCGCCUACACCAGCACACGAAUUCGACCCAGACCGCUUCCUGGACGAACGAGUGAACAAGUAUCUCACGCCGAACCCGUUUAUUUUCCUCCCAUUCAAUGCCGGCCCGCGCAUCUGUCUCGGACAGCAGUUUGCAUACAACGAGAUGUCGUUCUUCCUCAUCCGGCUGCUUCAGCGCUUCUCCGCGAUGGAACUCGCGCCUGAGGCUGCGCCGCCGGGCUCGCUGCCCCCCGCGGAGUGGGCGGGUGGCUGGGGCCGGAAGAGCUUCGAGAAGUUCUGGCCGAAGUCACAUCUGACGCUUUAUUCAAACGGUGGGUUAUGGGUGAAGAUGACCCAGGCAGAGGAGAUGGAGGAUGCGAGCGCGUGA